AUGGGUGUCCCAGCUGGUGAUGUUGAAAAGGGAAAGAAGAUCUUUGUUCAGAGAUGUGCACAAUGCCACACUGUAGAAGCUGGUGGCAAACAUAAGGUUGGCCCUAAUCUCAAUGGUUUAUUUGGCAGGAAGACUGGUCAGGCUGCUGGUUAUGCCUACACAGAUGCCAACAAGGCUAAGGGAAUUACAUGGAAUGAAGAUACUUUGUUCGAGUACCUUGAAAACCCGAAAAAAUAUAUUCCGGGUACAAAAAUGGUCUUUGCUGGCUUGAAGAAGCCUCAAGAACGAGGAGAUCUCAUUGCUUACCUCAAAUCGGCAUGCAACAAGAUAAAUGAAGCACUUAGUGAAAAUUGUUAA